GUGGCUCUGAUGUUGGUUACACAGAAUAGCCACCGUAUUUAAUCCUCAGAGGGUUUCUGCAGACAUGGAGCUGCUUCUUCUGUUUCUGAGCUUCUGUUUCUUGACUUUGUCCCGACUGACGUUCGGUGCUGAAUCCGGGACACCUGUCACCACAGUAACUGUGAAAGAAGAUGAUGAUGUCAUUUUACCCUGUUCCCUCGACACCAAUGUGAAUAUUGAGAAAAUGCUGUUUGACUGGAAAAAGGAAGGAACAGUUCCACAAAAGGAGGUUUUCAUGUAUGUUGAGGGCAAACAUUACAAUAAUGGUCUCCCAGGUCAAGACGAGCAGUUCAGAGAUCGAGUCUCACAUUUUCCUGAAGAGCUGAAGUACGGAAAUGCCUCCAUAAGGAUAAAACAAACAAGGCUGGAGGACAAAGGAAACUACACCUGUGACUUUCCACGUCUGCAGCCAGAAACCAAAAUCUUUCACAUUGAGCUUGUUGUUGGUGCAGCUCCAGAGCCAUAUGUCACAAUACUUAAAGACAAAGGAUUGCUGCAGUGUAAAGUUCCAGGUGCUUCUCCUAAACCUACAGUUGAGUGGUGGGACAGUGAUAACAAAACACUUCCUUCUAAGAUGCUACAGGACAAAGCAGAGCAAGGUCGCUUUUACGUCACCAUCCAAACUACUGCACCCAAACCUGGCUGCUAUCAAUGUGUAUCCACACAGAUGGAAAUAUGGCAUCGGAUUUCUUCAGAAAUCUGUGUACCUGAAGUUUCAGGGUUCUCCGCUGUAUGGGUCAUUGCUACUGUUGUCUUUGGUCUUGUUUUAUUUGGUGCUGUUGUUCUUCUGUCUAUACUUAAAGCCAAAGGAUAUAACUGUAAUAAAGGAACACCAGAAGCAACAAACCAUUCUUCCAAUGAGUCACAGCACCUUAAUCAAGCGUCUAAGCCACCUUUAAAUGAGUGAAGCAGUGCAUGUGUGUUUCUUUUAUAUCUUUCUUAUUUUGUACAGAUUAAUUUGAGAUUUAGACGUGGACAGUGAGAACAUGAUGCUCUGCACCGAUUUCAGGAUGUUUGAGAUUUCAGACCUGGUUUUAAAGGUAAAGUCAGAGUUGUGGUUCAGUGUUUUUGAAGGUAGAGGCGUUCCAAAGUCAGGUUCUUAUCAGGUGGGUUGUUCUGUGUUCAUUUUGAAUCUCAUGUCAUCGCCACAACCGCCAUCGCCACAUCCUUCUGCAUGUAUCAAAUCUUUCCUGUUUGCACAUUUAAAGGAUGAAAUAGAAACAAGGUAGAAAAUAUUCCUCAGAGUAUUUUUACAUUUAAAUAAAGCAGAUAAAGUAUUGCAUUAUAUAAAUAUUUAUUAAAGAAAACAAAGUUUGAAAACAUCAGGUCACUGUGGAGUGAUGAGGAGACCGUGACCUUCCUCACAUUAACGCAUGAAAUUGGCUCCAUCUGCUGUAUGACUUCAUGCACACAACUCCUAAUAUUCACCUGAUAAAAGUGGACAGGAAUGGAUAUUAAUUAGAUUUUCUUUUGCACAUUUUCAAUCACAAUUUGUGCAACCUUUAGAAUUUGCAAACUUGAAUUAUGAAAGCAGAUUUUUUCAAACUGUUGUUUUAGGUCAUUUCAAACAACUAAAGAGUUUUGUUUUGGAGGUGUUUGCCAGACCCAAAUCGUCAUUUAAUUACACCAUAUUUGAUCUAUUCUGCAUAUUUGACCUUAAGCAGUGCAGCAUAAUUACUGUUUAUGUACAGUUUUAAUAAAAUAAAUGAUACUGCUAAAAAAUUUACUUAUUCAGUUUGAAGUAACCAAUAAAUGUAAAAAGUAAUUUAAUAUUUUAUUUACUGGCUUAUGGAAUAUGAACAGUUAAUAUGCAUUACUGUGAUCCUCCAAAAUAAAAGUAGGUACACAUGGUGCAGUGAUGGGAAUUAGAGAAAAAUUAUCAGUCACACAGAGACAGAAAAACAAUCUGAACUUAGGCAGAGAGCCCAACAUGGAUUUGUGUUUGAUCAUGAUAAGUGGAGUGAUUGAAUUUUACUGUUGUGCAUCUUAAAUGGAAAAACAAUACUAAUUGCAAUUUUGUGUUUGUCAAGUUACUAAGGCAUAACUCUCUGGUUUUCAUUGUCUUUUUCUUGCGUUCCAUUUUUAUUUUAUGUUUACCCCUGCUGCUGUCUGCGUUUUAAAAUGUCCUUAAAAGAAAUGUUGAAACAUGACUGCUUCUGAUGGGCAGACUUCGCAUGGCAGCUUGCUCUCUUCCUUCUGAACAGAUAAAAUUGUAUACCUCUGGUCAAUAUUCAGUUAUUAUCAAUGUUUGUACAUAAUUGAAAAUCAAAGCUUCAACAAAGCUUCAUUGCCUAAAAAGCUGAUGUUCUGUUGCAAAUGAAUGUUAAUCAUUUGUAACCAAACUGAAAUAUAAUGUGUGUCAUGGUCCCGGGUCGGUGACCCAGCAUUUUGAGUUUAUUGUUGUUAUUUUCUAGUUUCUUCUGAUUUUGUAUUAGUUGUUAGGGUUUGGUUCUGGUGUUCAGUGUUUUAUUAUCCCACCUGUGUUCUUCCCCCUUGUUCUCUGUUCGUGUCCCUGAGUUUGUGUUUCUAAAACAGUUUGAGUUGCAGUUUGUUAAGGGUUCAAAAUUGGUUGGAGAAUAGAAAGGCAAGACAGUCCAGAAGAUUUGGGUCGAAGUGAUCUUUUAUUGAAGUACACGCGCGGGAAGACAGUUACUGCACACGUCAGCAAGGGUCUUCACCAAAAUUAUACUUCAGACUGCUUUUAUAGCAUCAGGGUAUUAUGACGCCCCUUCUAGCGUUUACAAGCACAUAAUUUGCAUGUACAGAACAUUCAUGUAUUUUAAGCAUAAAAUGCAACACAGAAGUUCCUCUUUUUGGCAUCUUCUUCCAAAAAAGGCAAUGGACUCGGGCCUCUGUAGUCUCCAGGGGCUGGUCCUCUCCACGCGUCACCUGUUGUCAAGAAAGCUCCAGUGCAACAUGUUUGCUCAAUACCUUAGGGCCUAUGCUUAAAUCUGGUUCUAGGUUAUAUGUGAUAUAUAUAUGUGUUUUGUAAGCAUGUGUGCAAUCUUUCUUAAGCUCCCGGCUUCUUAACCAAUGUGUCACCCAGACAGUCACGCUGAAUGAAGCUUAAGACCUUUAAUUACCUGGGAAAGCUUCAACUCCUUAUGAGCACAGGACUGCAAUGUGUGUAUAAAACAUAAUAAUACUGAAAGUGGUUAUGCUGCACCUGUAAUAAGGAUUAAUAUGGUGUCAGUGUGUUAAAUGAUUACUAUGGUGUCCGUGUAUUAGCUGUCACCUGGCCAGCUUAAAGCUAUACGAGAUAAUAUUAAUGCUGAUUAAUAUGCUAUCUAAUUUAUUGUAGCAGUAAAGCAAUUUCCUCUUUUCCACAAGUUUUACUUUGAAGGUCUGUGUAUCAUCAUGUCUAAUUAGGUUCAGCUGUGUUACCCUCUGGUCUGUCAUUCCCUCAUUACCUUGUGUGUAUUUACAGUGUGUGCCUGCCUGUGUUCCUCGUCGCGUCGUCUGUGUAACCUGAUGUAAUUUCUGCAUCUCUCUCCCCAACAUUCUCUGCCAUUUUUGCUCUUCAUCCCAUAUGUGUUUGGUUUCUGUCCUUGCCAUCCUCGCUUUUGUAGUUUUUCACCUCCUGUAAUAAAGAGCUCACUCGCAUUGCAGCCAGUGCCUGCAUUUGGGGUCCUCAUUCUCACAACACCACACAACUGCUACCCCAGCCGUGACAGUACGACGUGACCAACCAUGGACCCAGCGGCAUUUGCACCCUCCAAGGAGCUUCAGGAAGAAUUAAUUGACUCUAUUUCAAGAUGGAUUAACCUGUGGCUGGAACAUGAGGAGAAGGAGUUUUGUUGCGCCUUGGAGGCCCGGUUUCAGCGACUGAUUUCCAAUCUCCCAUGGCUACUGGAUUCACUUCACCCACUUGAACAGGACUUCCUCCUUAACAUCCUUCGCCUGCACUCUCCAGCCGCUUUCGCUUUACUGCCUGAUUCAGCAGAGAAAGCGCGACAUGCCUCGCCAGAUGUGGAGUUACCUGGUGCGCCGGAGCCAUCUCCGAGGAGGAAACGCCGCCAGCGCGCCACCCAAUGCCCAGACUCAAAAACUCCCAAGCAGGCGGUUGCGGUGAGUGAGGGGGACACUUUGUCAUCCCCAGAUUUUGGGACUUUUUCUUUUGGGCUUGUUCGUUGUGUGACUAGGGAUAAUAGCCGCAGCUUAACAACCACCGUCAUAACAGACUUCACCCAAGUGGACAUUUUAAAACCUUCAGUGAAGGUAAAAAACUGUGUUUCACCCGUUCCACUCCUGCAACAGCCGGCUCUACAGUCAGCCACUCAGGCUUCAACUCGGUCACUCACACAGCCUGUAGCUUUGCCGUUAACUGCCCAGCCGGAACAGUUGUCCGCUCCACCACCAGCUCCAUUUUCACCUCCAUCAUUACUUCAGCCACUGGCACACUCAUCAGCUCUGCCAUCAGCUUUGCCGUCAAUACAGCCUCUAGCACAGCCUUUAGCUCAACCUUUAGCACUGUCUACAAUUCAAUUACCUGCUCAGGGUGUAGCCCAACCCUCAGUUCAGUCCUUAGCUCCACUACCUAUUCAGCCAUCACAUUCACCCGCUUCUGCUAUGCUUAGUGCUACGUCAGUGCAGGCUGUAAAGGACUGUUUUUCUACCACCUCUUCCAGGCAGAGAGACCAACAUAUUAAAACUGUAAUGAUUCCUCAAGAGCUGGCCUGUUUUGAGACAGUUACUCACUCCAGGGCCUCCCCAGAGGCUGAGUUACAGCCUUCAGCUAACUCUGGACCCAUGGAGGCUAAGAAGCCAGAUGAGGACUGCACCCGGCUGUCGCUGCCUGAGCAGGGUCAGCGCUUUGCGCUGCUGCAGUCUGCUCCAUGUGUGCCAGAGGCCCCUGUGCCUCCUGGUUUUGCUCCGUGUGUGCCAGAGGACUCCGUGCCUGCUGGCUCUGUGAUUGUUCUUGCUGGAGAGUCCGAGGAGCCACUUCAGCCAUCACCGUUGCCUGCAGCUUCCGCUGGGGCAUCCAGGGAGCCCGUCCGGCCAUCACCGUCACCUGCAGCGCCAUCUCAUGCGGAUCCCAGGCCGUCGCCUGCAGUGCCAUCAACUACGGUUUCCACAUCCUCGCCUGCACCAUCAGCCUCGCCUGCAGCUUCAGCCUCGCCUGGUACUGCGGGUGCCACGCCGCCAUCAGGUCCACGUCUGGCACCUCUACCUCGCCGGUCAUCUUCCAGGCCGCUUGCUGGACAUCAUCACCAUCGUGGACGCCCUCCUGAAUGGUGUCGCCGCCGCUGCCUUCCGCGUGGCCGGACCCCUGAACUGUUCCAUCCUGGUCUUCUGUGGUGUUUCCCCGGGUCGGCCGCCUGACUUCUGUUUUGAACUGUUUCUAGAGCUCCAGUGUGGGUUAUGGAUGUUUUGUUUUGGGUCUGCUCUUUGGGUCCUCAUUCUCACAACACCACACGACUGCUACCCCAGCUGUGACAAUGUGUAAUCCAAAGUUUUGCCUGUACAGUUACAGACUGAACUGUGUGGUAAGGUACUUAUGCAGAGUGUUAUUAAAGCACUGCCUUGUCACUUCCUGUUUAAACCCAAUUUCCUUCGGGGUCAACCUUGAGGAUCAAUA